UGCGAGCGACGACGAGGCACACGAGUUGCAUCAUCGCACCGUUGGAUCUCCGCCAUCAUCAGACCUUGGGUUGGUUCCAGAGUCAAACGCCAUCCUUUUUCUCGGCCUCUCCGAUUCGGAAGGGAUAUUUGGGUAUCUGGAUUGAGCUGUUCCUCAGCUCGGCGGAUUUUGGAUUUUUCUGGCUCUCUUAUUUUCCCGAUAAAAUUUAUUCAUCCGCCUGAGGGAAGUAUAUCCGAUAAUGGGGAGGAUGGCGGCGGAGGACUUGGUGAUACCGACGGAUAUGGCGGGGGGGGGGGGGGGGACUACGGUGGCGACUGCAAGUUGGUGGGACGAGGUUAACGAGUCAACUACUUGGCAGGACGGGAUCUUCUUCACUCUCUGCGGUGCUUAUGCUCUAGUUUCCGCUAUCGCUCUUAUCCAAUUGGUAAGGAUCCAAACGAGAGUGCCUGAAUAUGGUUGGACCACUCAGAAGGUCUUUCACCUUAUGAACUUUGUCGUCAAUGGAGUUCGUGCAGUUUUGUUCGGAUUUCACAAACAAGUAUUUCUUUUGCAUCCCAAGGCACUUAGUUUGGUUCUGUUGGAUCUUCCUGGUCUCCUCUUUUUCUCGGCUUACACGCUGCUUGUACUGUUCUGGGCAGAGAUAUAUCACCAGGCAAGAAGCUUACCAACAGAUAAGCUGCGGAUAUCUUAUAUUUCAGUGAAUGUGGUUAUAUACUUGGGGCAGGUUGGUAUCUGGGCUUACCUCUGGGUAGAUGAUAACAGUCUUGUGGAGUUAAUAGGAAAGAUAUUCGUUGCAGCUGUCUCGUUCAUUGCCGCGUUAGGUUUCUUGCUCUAUGGAGGAAGAUUGUUUUUCAUGCUGAGAAGGUUCCCUAUUGAAUCAAAAGGAAGAAGGAAGAAACUCCAUGAGGUUGGAUCCGUCACAGCCAUAUGCUUCACCUGCUUUCUUAUAAGAUGCAUUGUGGUGGCUGUAUCGGCGUUUGACAUGGAUUUAUCACUAGACGUUUUGGACCAUCCGGUCCUGAACUUGAUCUACUACAUGGUGGUGGAGGUACUACCAUCGGCGCUCGUCCUUUUCAUACUGCGUAAGCUGCCUUCCAAGAGAGUGUCUGCUCAAUACCACCCCAUCCAGUAGAGAGCCCGAAAGUUGCCUCCUUUUUCUUUUUCUUCUGCUAGAGAAAUUGCCUUUGUGUUCUGUGAGUCCCCCAGUGUGCUAUUUAUCAAUACACCUCAUAAAAAAAAAGAAGAAAAGAAAGCGUCGUCCUGUCGAGUGUGCCACUGGCUUGUGAAAACGGGAAAAAAAAGAAGAUCAUUCUUCCAAUGGGCUGGCUUUGAGUGUUUUUCCAACUUUAGCCGAUCUAUUUUACGUGUUUUUUUUAGUAUUUGCAUGAAAAAAUUAUCCUCUGUAUAUGCCUGACUCGAUUUAUGUUAUUUUCGGUAUGCAUUUUAAUCAGGUUAGUUAGUGUAUCAA